CUGGACCAAUGGAUGAUUCCGUGCGACACGUGGCGAGUGCGGCUGACGGACGUGCAGGACGGUUACCACCGAUUCGACGUGGUGGCGCAGGAGAAAAGCGGGCAGGCGAGCGGGUGGGGCAUUCUGGACUUCGUGGUGGGCGCGCCGGGCGGAGUGGAGGCGGGAUCAGGUGAGGGGCGGAUCCCCAUUCAACGCCCCCCGUCCUCCCCCACCAACCCAUGUGUCUCCCACCCCCACCCCCCGCCUAUGUGCGCUCUUCCCGCCUAUGGCCUUCAUCCCUCUCCCCCCCUCUCGCCCCUCUCUCCCCGUCCUCUCCCCCCUUUCUUCCCGCUCUCUCCCCCCUUAUCCCCCCCUAUCCUCCCCGUCUCCCCCCUUUCUCUCCCCCUUCUCCUCCCCUUCUCCUCCCCUUCUCCUCCCCCUCUCCUCCCUUUCUCCCCCUCCUCUCCCCUCUUCCCCCCCCUUUCUCCUCCUCAUUUCCCCCCUCCGUGCCCCCUUUCCCCCCUCCCUUUUUCUCCCCCCCUCUCCUCCCCCCCUUCCCCCCUUAUCCUCCCCCUCUCCUCCCCCUCCCCCUCCCUUCUUUGCCCCCUCUCCUCCCCUUCUCCCGCUUCUCUUCCUCCCUUCUUUCCCCCCUCUCCUCCCCCUUCUUUCCCCCUUCUCCUCCCCUACAAUCACGCAGUGGCAGCAGAGCCCAUGAAGCCCAGCAUGGCUUUCACCCCGCCUUUGGCAGCGGUGCCUGUCAUGCCCAGCAUGACCUCAACCCUGUCUUGUCCCUCACACCUCACCUCCCUCUCUCUCCUCCUCCCACUCACCCCCCUCCCUUCUCCCCCCCCCGCCUUUUCCCCCUUUUCCCCCCAUGCGUGCAGUGGCAGCGGCGCCCAUGAAGCCCAGCAUGACCUACACGAAUAUCACCCAGCAGAGCAACGGCUCUCACGUCACCCAGUGGCAGCGGUGCCUGUCAUGCCCAGCAUGACCUCAACCCUUCUCCCCCCUCUCUCCCCCUUCCUCCCCCACAUGUGUGCAGUGGCAGCGGCGCCCAUGAAGCCCAGCAUGACCUACACGAAUAUCACCCAGCAGAGCAACGGCUCUCACGUCACCCAUGGCAGCAGUGCCCAUGAGUCCCACUAUCACCUACACCCUGCCCCACCCCUCGCACCUCACACAUCCGGAUUUCCCUUUGCGCCAUCCUCCCCUUCCCCGGCCCCCCAUGCGUGCAGUGGCAGCGGUCCCCAUGCAGCCCAGCAUGACCUACACGAAGAUCACUCAGCAGAGCAACCGCUCCCACGUCACCAUCCUCUUCAACCGCCCCUGCCCUGCCUUCCGCUGCAACGCACGCUACUGCUCGGUAUAGUCACACUCCCCAUCCACAACCACCCACCACUGCUGGGUAUAGUCACACACACUCACACCCACCACUCGCGAGCCCCCAUACCCCCCCUCCCUGCACUCCCCACAUCCCUCCCUCGUGCCUCUCCCCCCUCUCUGCACCCCCCUUGUCGACGGCCACACCAGCUGAGAGUGCGGGAGAGCGGCAUUAUCGACUAUGCGUCGUGGCGGCAAGUGCGGUGGGGGCGAGAGUACACAGUGGACGUGCUCCCCACGGCGGACACUCACCCCACCCUGCUGCUCACCCUCCUGCCUCUCUCCACCCCUCUCCACCCCUCUCGACUGUGCAACCAGCUGAGGGUGCGGGAGAGCGGCAUUAUCGACUAUGCAUCGUGGCAGCAGGUGCGGUGGGGGCGAGAGUACACAGUGGACGUCCUCCCCACGGCGCUCACGGGGCGGGUGGUGGUGCGCGUGCGGGAGGACGCAUGUGGUAACCGCACGUUCGUGCAGCAGGGCAACAAUACUGUCAUCCGCAUCCGCUAUGCUCACCUCCUGCCAUUCCCCUUUCCUUUCCCCACCCCUAUUCCCCUGCCACGCCCCCCUCCCCCUGCCCCACUCCCCUUGACCCCCUCCGCUCGCGUCUUCCUCUUGUGCCCACUCCCUCUCCCCCCUCUCCCCCCUUUCCCCCGCUUUCCCCCAGACCUGCGCAACUUCACAGUGGCGCUGCUCGCGGCCACCAUGCAGCCACUCUUCUCCUCCCACCGCCCCCUCGACCUCGUCUUCUACCUCGUCCUCUCCACUCGCAUCCCCUCCGUCGCCCCGCUCACCCCCACUGUGGCUAAUAUCUCUGAGACUGCUGCUGGGGGUGAUGAGAGUGAUGAGGAGAUGGACGCAGAAUCGGAUGCUCCCCUCCUGCCAUCCCACCCUGUCAUGCUGCCGUAUCGUCAGGUGGUGCCAUUCGUGAACCCGGGCAUCAUCACAGUGACAGUGAAGCCCAACACGCUCGUGAGUGUGCACGGCAACCUCAACCAGCAGUCCAACACCGCCGCCAUCAUCUUUGCAUCCCUCACCUUGCCUUCCCCCUUUACCCCUCCCUGCAUCCCACCUCCUUCCUUCACCUCACUUCUUAUUCGCCCCCCACCAAUCCACCCCAUUCCUUGCCAAUCCACCCGAUUCCUUCCGAACCCACCCCAUUCCUUCCCAACCCACCACAUCCCUUUCCAACCCACCACGUCCCUUUCCAACCCACCACAUCCCUUUCCAACCCACCACAUCCCUUUCCAACCCACCACGUCCCUUUCCAACCCACCACGUCCCUUUCCAACCCACCACAUCCCUUUCCAACCCACCACGUCCCUUUCCAACCCACCACAUCCCUUUCCAACCCACCACAUCCCUUUCCAACCCACCCCAUCCCUCUCCCAACCCACCCCAUCCCUCUCCCAACCCACCCCAUCCCUCUCCCAACCCACCCCAUCCCUCUCCCAACCCACCCCAUCCCUCUCCCAACCCACCCCAUCCCUCUCCCAACCCACCCCAUCCCUCUCCCAACCCACCCCAUCCCUCUCCCAACCCACCCCAUCCCUCUCCCAACCCACCCCAUCCCUCUCCCAACCCACCCCAUCCCUCUCCCAACCCACCCCAUCCCUCUCCCAACCCACCCCAUCCCUCUCCCAACCCACCCCAUCCCUCUCCCAACCCACCCCAUCCCUCUCCCAACCCACCACAUCCUCAACUAGGCACCCACCCCGCCAGCAUGCACCUCUCACUCCCGCAGCACCACCAUGCCUACCACAACAGCCACUUCCCUUGCCCCUCCAUAUAAGAACACCUCGCUUUUUCCAUCUCACCCCAUACCUUCCCCGCAUAUCCUGCCAGGCACCCUCCCCGCCAGCAUGCACCUGUACCCACCCCGCCAGCAUGCACCUGUCGCUCCUGCAGCACCCCGACACCUACCGCAGCGGGGUGGGUUCGGGUCCCAUCAUGUGGCCUGCGGGCAGCACCUCGCCUGACAGCACCGCCCCUGCUGUCUCCUCCUCGCUGCCCUCGCCACCAUCGCUGUCGUCAGUGCUGCCUGCAGCUUCCUCCAGUAAUCGAUCUUACUCAGCAGCAGCGGGAGCAGCAGCAGCGGUACCAACAGCGUCGUACGAGGUGGUGCAAAGGGAGUUAACGUUUCUGAUAAACUCGUCGGCGCCGGUGUCGAGCAUUCGACAGGGCACAAUCGUGGUGAAUGGGACAGACGGUGCCCGCGUGGAGUGUGCAACAGCACUGAUUACUCACCACCUGCCACAGUCAAUGUUUCCCACCUCAUUUCCCCUCCCCUCUCUCUCCCUCCUACUCCCACCCCCGCUCACCCACCUCCCCCCCUCCCCCCCUUCCCCCCCACAAUGCAAUCCCAACAGGGUGGAGCGGGUCCCUCCAGCGGCCUUCCUUGCUCGCAUCACCUUGCCCCAGUCACUCAAUCCACUCCCCCCUUCCCCCUCCCACUCCCAACCCCCGUUCAACCCCCCCCUCCCUCUGCCCCACGCUCAAUGCAAUCCCAACAGGGUGGAGCGGGUCAGUCCAGCGGCCUUCCUUGCUCGCAUCACCCUGCCCCAGUCAGCACCUCCCCCUGCCGCCCUCUCUGUGUCCCUGCUUCCCGGCGCCGCCACCACCCCCUGGGGCACCACCUCCCUCGCCUCCAACACCAUCCACGUCACCUAUGCGCCCUCAGCCACGGCCAGCAUCAUCGCCACCACCAUCAGCGUCACCACGGUCACAGCAGCGGCUCUCUCAGCACUCUACUCGCUCUCCUCCUCCGCCCUCACCACCCGCGGCCUCCUCCCCCCCAUGCACGGCCGCCUGCCCCUUUCUCCUUCAAGGAACCUGCUGCACAUGUUCUCGUCGCUGCAGGUGUUUGCCUUCGCUGCCUGGCUGCGGGUCGACCUGCCCCUCACCUUCCUGGAAACUGCGCAGCAGCUCUGGUGGGUGCUGCCCCAUGCCCCCCUGCCCUGGGCGCAUGAAACACUUGUGUAUGGGGAGGAGAACGAGGGCGGUGGGGAGGCGGGCGCGGGGGGAGGAGGAGGGGCGGGAGCAGGUGGUAACCCGUCCGCCGCCCCUUCCUCCCCUGCUCUCACCCCCUCGCACUCCCCUGCUCCCACUUCACCACCUGCCGUCACUGCACCUGCAGGCGUGUCAGCGGGUGCAGUGGCGGCACGGGGUGGGGUGGUGGGAGGGAUGGGAGUCGCAGCAAGGCGGUCGACAGGGCCGAAGGGGUUUGGUCCGGUUGCUGCUACAGCGGAAGCGGUGAUGGGGGAUGCUGAGGGUGAUGUGGAGGAUAGCGGGUCUGAUGCUGUGGAGAGACAUCUGAGAGAGAGGAGAAGCGGGGUGACAAGGGGAGGAGGUGGGAGUGUGACGCUUGAGGAGAGUGAGGAGGGCAAUGAGGGGAGUGAGGAGGUGAAUGAGGAGGAGAGAUGGGAGGGGAAUGGGGAGAGGGGGGAGGAGGGGGUUGAGGAGAGUGUAGAGUGGAGUGAGGAUAAGAGUGAGGGGGAGAGAAGGGAGAGAGGAGAGGAGUAUGUGGAGAGGAGUGAGGAGGAGAGUGAGGAGGAGAGCGAAGGAGGGAGUGAGUCGAGUGAUGGGGAGAGUGUGGAGAGUGAAGAUGGCGGAAGAAAGGAUGGUGAGUGGGAGGAAGGGAGGGGGUGGGGCAGCAGGAAGAGGGGAGUGGAGAGAGGCGAGAGGGCGAUGCAGGGCCUGGCUAGUGUGAAGUGGAAGAGGAGGGGAGCGACGAGGGCGAGAGGAAGGUGGUUGCGAGAGAGAGUGGGGGCAUGGGGGGAGAGGAUUGGAGGAGUGUUGCUUGGUGGGGGAGGGGAGAAAGCAGCAGUGUGGAAGGUCGUGAAGAGGUGGGUGUGGGGAGGGGAUGACUGGAGGGGAGAAGCUGGGGGGAGUAGAGGGACGGAGGAGGAGGAUAGCAGGGCAGGUGGGGUGCAGCGCAAGAGCAAUAGUGGUGGUGGUGGUGGUGGUGGUGGUGGUGGUGGUGGUGGUGGUGGUGGUGGUGGUGGUGGUGGUGGUGGUGGUGGUGGUGGUGGUGGUGGUGGUGGUGGUGGUGGUGGUGGUGGUGGUGGUGGUGGUGGUGGUGGUGGUGGUGGUGGUGGUGGUGGUGGUGGUGGUGGUGGUGGUAGUGAGAGAAAUGGCGAUGCGGUCGCUGAAAAAAUCCAAGGGCAGACCAUCCCAAGCCACAUGGGGAGUGAAGAGGGCAGCCAAGGCGGCACAGCUGACGCCAGGAGCGCAACUGCUCCCCCUCGCCAAGCAGGCGACUCCAGGCGUGACUCUUCAAGGGCCGUGAAGAGGGAGAGGCUGCCCUGGCCCAUGCGCCGCCUCCUUGUUGCGGUGCUCUCAGGUGCGUUGGGGUGCUCUCAAUCGGAGGAGCAGCUACAGCAGGAGGCACUGGCGCGCAUGCAGUACCCCUCCGCCUCCCAGGUCGCCAUCAACAUAGCAUGUGGAACGCUCUUCUGGUCCGCCCUGCUCCUCGCCUGCACCCUCCUCCUCCACGCCCUGCUCUAUCUCCUCCUCUUCCUCUCCUCCCGUGCUGCCAAAGCUGCCUCCGCGUCCUCAUCCUCAUCAGCAGCAGGAUUAGGAAGUCGAAAGCUCCCAGCAGGAUGGGAAGCAGCAGUAGCGGGAGGAGGAGGAGGAGGAGGAAGGGGAGGGGAGUCACCGGGAGGAGUGGGGUGGGGGUCGGGAGCAGCAGGGGGGGAGGGGGGGGCGCCCAUGCCAUGGGAGGUUGGGCAUCUGCUCAGCUGGCCUCGCCCGCUGCUCUUCAUGGUGCUGCUCUGCCUGCCCGCCCUCUGCCACGCCCUCACUUUGCUCUGCGCUGGCUGGGCAGGCCUGCCCUUCGUAGCAGUGGUGGUGGUGGUGGCGAAUCUCCCCUUCCUCCUUGCCUUCUUCUUCCGCAACAUCGCCUGCAAGAUCAAGGCCGUGGUCUACCAGCUCCCUUCGUCCAGCUCAGCCCACGGCACAUGGCACAUCACAGACCUUGCCACGUGUCCAGCCUUCAUUGGCAGCUGGGGGCUGCUGUUUGAGGCUCAGUGGGGCGGCAACCAGGCCGGAGGAGCAUCUGUGGUCCGGACCACCGGUGCAGGUUCGGGCCGAGGAAGUGGUUCAGGUUCAAGCCGAGCCAGCGGCUCGCCUUUAGGCUCAUCUUUUGGCCGAAGCGGCUUUCCUGGUCGGGCAGCGGCUGUGCAUCCAGUUGGGUUUGGGGAGGGAGGAAGAGGAGGAGGAAGUGGGGAUGGGGGGCAAUGGAGUAUUGUGAAGCACGAUGGGUAUGGAGGAGGGGGUGCCUGGUGGGAAGUGGAUGAUUCGUUCACGCAUGGGCGCGGGUAUGCUCGUGCGCAUGCAGCCAGUGCAUACGGCCAUGGCACAGCAGACAGCCACUCGGCCAUGGAGAAGGCAUGGCGUGGGCUGCAAUGGGCGUCUGGUUGGGCAGGCAUAGUGCAAGUGCCUCUCGACCUCUGCCUGCGCUGCUCCCUCGCCGUUGUUGUCGCCAGCUACAGCUGGAUGGCCCACCCUGCCAGCUCAGCAGAUCCUGCCAGCUCAGCGGGGGAUGCGUGUGCGCAGUGUACGGUGCUGCUGGUGCUGGCGUGCUGCCACCUGCUCUACCUCGCCCUCGCCCGUCCCUUCAUCAGUAUGACUCUCCUCCUCUCCGCCCUCCUCGCGUCUGCCUCCCACGUUUCUUUCUUCGCCGUCGCCCUUGCCAUUGCCACGGGCGCCAUUCCCCCCUCUGCUGCUACAGCGGCAGGGGCAGGGAUGCAGGCCCUGCUGCUUGUAUCUUUCCUGGGCCACCUGAUAUGCUUUCUCCGUGCCCUGGUGAAGGACACAGCAGGGGUGGGGGUGAAAUACUAUGAAGGCGCGUUUGGGAGGAGCAAGGGGCUGGGAGGGGCGAGGAGGGGGAGGAGUGGCAGGGGCGGAGAGGAGGUGGAAGAGCAGGGGUGUGCGGGGUCAGUGAGUGAGGUGGCUGGCACGGACCGGUCGGUGACGCUGACAGGGGGCUUUCUGGGCGGCCUCUCUCUGCUCGCCUACGGCCUCGUGCUCCUCUUCCUCGGCCCCUUUGGCUUCGCCUCCCCUCGAUCUGAUUCGGAUUCUGGCAGGGAUUUGGGCGGCGACUCUGCGAGCCAAUCGGGGUGGAGGAGAGGGUGGGGGAUGGGGAGGAAGAGGGGAGGAGAGGGGGAGGGGGACGGAUGGGGAGGGGGGAUAGGGGCGAGGUUUCACAUGGAGAGGCGGGGUGAGCUGGGAGGGUCGCCAGAGGCGUCUUUUCCCGUGAAGGGCAGCUCGAGGGGGAGCAGCCGGGGCAGUGGGUCCCCAAGCCCACUCUCUCCGCGCCGCCUCUCCCCGCUGCCUGUGCUGUGUGGCAACCACAGCGGCGCCCUGGCUGCUGCAGCGGGGGCCAGCAUCGGCGUGGCGUCUGCGUCCCUGCAGAGCGACUCGUGGUCCUCCCUCUCCUCCCUCUCCUCCAGUGAGCGUUCUGCUGGCGCUGCUGCUGCUGCUGCUGCGCUGAUGGAAGGUGUGGGGGGAAAGAGAGGCGGGGGAGGGCGAGGGGAUCGGGGAGGGCGCGGGGAGGAUCCGUUUGGGGGGCUGCGGGCGAGGGUGGAGUAUUUGAGAAGCAGGCGGAUGCAGGAGGUGGGUGGAGAGGGUGGGAGGGAGGAGAGGGACGAGAGAGGGGGGAGAGAGAGGAGGGAGGGGCUGGGGAGAGGAGAGAGGGAAGGUGGGCGAGAAGGCAACAGAAGCAGAAGUGGGAGGGAGGAGAGGAGGAAAGGAAGAGAGAGGUUAAAUGCGAGGGAGUUCGAAGAAGGUGGAGCGAAGGAUGGUGAGGUGGGGUGGGAGAGGCAGGAGAAAGGGGUAGAAGUAGUUGUAGACUCGGCAACGAACAUGAGCUGGGCUUCUAGUGUGGGUUCUGGGGGUGGGCCGGAGUGGAUCAAAGAGAUGAAGGGGCGGGGAGGGGGGAAGUGGGGGAAAGGGAGGGGGGUGAACGGAAGCAGAGGAGGAGGGGGGGAGGGCGAGGAGGGGACGAUGGGGUCAGCAGCAUGGUCGGGGAUUGGCGGGGUGCGGGUGGACAGUAUGGGGUUCCGUGUUGACAGUGUCAAGUCCGUUCAGAAGCCUCAGGGCGACCGAACACAUGGCAAGGCGGCUGCUGGUGGUGGUGGUGGUAAAGCUGGUGUUGCUGCAGCAGCAGUAAGAGCAGCAGCAGCAGCAGCAGCAGCAGGAGGAGGGGGCGAUCUAGGGCGGUCUGUUGUGGCCAGUUGCAGUGUGGGCCCUAAUUGCAGCCCCACCAUCCACACCCCCACCUCGCACACCCCGACCACUCCUCUCCCCGACACCCUCCCUCGCCACAAGUCCCUCGAUGCCAAUUCCGAUCCCGACGCCUCUCCAACUCUCUCCCCUUCCCCUUCGCAUGCGCCUGACGCUAGAAGGCUGCUCCGCCUGCCCUCCCUCCCGGAAGCACCUCAGAGUGCCUCUCCCGACCCCCGCCGGCCCUACACCCCACAGCCCAAAGCGGUGAAGAACGGUUACGCGUGGUCCAGCAGGCACGCUGCGUAUGGCACAGACACUGAGGCUUCUAGGGAAGCUUCUGAGGUGACUCCAGGGGCGUUCCCCCCUGCUUCUGAUGCUGCUGCCGGUGCUGCUGCUGCGGGUGGGGCAGGUGGAUCUGCGGCAGGUGGGGUUCAUGCAGCUGGUAAGGUCAUUAAGACUGGCGCUGAUGCUACUGGUUCCAGUACCCUCUCUCACUCCCUCUCCGCCUCCUCCCAGGCGUCCAGUGCCACUGCUGCUGUCCCUUCCUCCCCCUCGGCCCUCACAGUGGACGCGGCUGUAGCAGCCAUGGCUGCUGCAGCAGGGGGCGACCCCGCGCUACAGCCUGGGAUCUGGGGCAUGGUGGCUGGCGCUGCUGGGUCGAUCAUGGGAAGCUUUUGGGGUGCUUCUCCCGUGGAUGGGAAAGGGGUGGAGGGCGGGGAGGGAAGGAAUGGAAGCGAGGAGGGGAGUGGGAAAGGAGGAGGGAGUAAUAUGGAUAUGGAGGGUUCUCUAUCACAACUUGAGGGGUCCCUAUCACAAAUGGAUGGCUCCCUCUCUCAAAUGGAAGGGUCUCUCUCUCAGCUUAAUGGCUCCAUGUCUCAGACUCUCACACCUCUCUCGUCCGUGUCUACCCCGCCCUCCCUCUCCUCUCCUUCCACCUCUCCUUCUGCGCUCUCUAACACCCUCUCUAACGACAAACAGCCGUCCACACUCUCUCGCAGCAUCACCCCCCUCGCCUCCCUCACUCCAGCCUCCUCUCUCUCCCCUCUCUCCUCCGCCGCCCCAUUCUCCUCCCUCUCCUCGCCCCAAUCUAGCUGCGACACCUCAGCAUCCAGCGCGCAGGAAGCAGGGAAGCGGUAUGAGCACGGGUCACUGGUGGAUGCUGCAGGGCGGAAGGAGGGGCGAGAGGCAGUAGCACUGGCGCCACCACCAAACCGAAGCGGCUCGUUUGGGAGAGGGGGAGGAGCGGGAGGGCAGGGAGGAGAUGGGGAGGUGGGGAGGGUGGUUGAGGGUGUAAAGCAGAGUGGGGCUGUGGCUAUGGGAGGAGGAGGGACGGGAGGGGAAGCGGGACGGGGGAGGGGAGGGUAUAUGAGGAACUGGCUGCAGGAGAGAAGAGAGAUGAGUGCAGGGCGGCAGAAGGCAGCAGCUGUGGCAGCAGCGAAGCCGGCGCCACCGGCUGUAGCAAAAGCAAAGCCGGCACCGCCGGCUGUAGCAGCAGCUCCAGGAAAGGUGGCAGGUGCAGCAGCACAGGUACCCGCAACAGCGAAAGCAGCGGCGGCAGCCGAAAGAGCCAAGGCGGGUGGCGCAGCAGUGGCAAGUCGAUACGGGAGAGGCGGCAUGGCAGCAGCAGCAACGGCAGGUGGAUAUGGGAGAGAGGCAGCAGCGCAGGGCAGAGCGCCAGUGGUGGUGCGGCAUGCAGUGAUGCAUGCUGGCGGGACGUUCGUUGGGCUGGGAGUGGGUGAGGGAGGCACUAGAGGGACAGAGUGGGAAGCAGGGAGAGGAGUGGAGAAGGGAGGAGAGAGGGGGUUGGAGAGGGGAGGAGAGAAGGGGUUGGAGAGGGGAGGAGAGAGGGUGGUGGAGAGGGCAGCAGGAGCAGCUAGGGGAGUGGCCAUGAGGUGGGAGGAAGGCAAGGCAGCAGCACCCUACUUGAGAAGUCCAGAUCAGGAGUCAAACCGUUUAUAUCAGGACUCCAGCCAUCCAUAUCAGGCUAAGCGGGUUAUAGCAGACGAAGACCGCAUGGACAUUGAGACAAUCUCGGAAACGACCCCAAUAUCUGAGUCCACGCUGUCAGUUACCCCAUCUCCCUCUCAGUCCAACUCCUACUCUCACGGCCCGUCCAGGUCAGGCCUGCGCCUGCGAUCGUGGACCAAGUCCAGGUCUCGCUCCCAGGCGCACUCAGGUGCUUUCUCAAGUGCCCAGUCAGAUGCUCGCGCUGCAUCGGGCUCGAGCGGGCAGCUGAACGAGCAGGUUAACGGGCAGACUGGUUCCUUUUCAGGGUCGCAGGGUGGUUCUUGUGGCGAUGAUGUGGUGGGUGGAAGGGCAUAUUCAAUUGGCAAGGGGUCAUCGCAUGGUAGGGGUUCACACAGGGGGGGUUCGUCUGCUGCUGCUUCUGCUGCUGCUGCGGCAGGUGUUUCUAGUGAUAGAGAGUCAUCUCCUGCUGCGAACUCAGAUACUGCUGCAAACGCGAAUGCUGCUGCUCCUUCACACCCACCCCAUCGGUACGGCCCGGCAGACUCACUUUCAGACUCAUUCUCCUCGUCCUUCACCACCUCCAUAGAGCCCACCCCCAUACAGUCACUCUCCCCUCUCUCCACCUCGCUGCUCUCCCCGUCCGCCCUCUCUGCCUCGCUGUCUGCAUCCGAGGGAGGGGGCUUGAGCGCUGUCAGGGAGGAGAUUGAAAGGAGGAUAAGGGAAACGAGCCGGGCACUGCAGACAGAGGGGAAGGCGGAAGUUAAGGGCCAACGGGGGGAGAGAGGAAGUGGGGGUGUGAGGCAUUUGGAUAGAGAGGGUACGGAGGAGGAAAGGCAGAGCAAAAAGGAGGGGGUUGAGGAGCGGGAGGAGGAGAGGAGAGGGGAGGAGAGGGACGAGAGUCCUCUGAGGAGAAUGCCCGUGUGGGGCGAUGAGGUGGAUGCAGCACAGAAUGGUAAAGCAGACGCACCAGCUGCUGCAGGUGCUGCUGCAACAGUGCAUAGAGCAGUGUUUAGGGCAGCAGGGGAAGAUAAGUCGGCAGAUGGGGAAGCAGCAGCAGGGGAGCAUCGGACUGUUGGGCAGCCUGCAAGCGGACAAGAGGCAAUCCCCUCGCACAAGAACGGACUCAAUGGAGGUUCGGCACGACUUAGCUCUGGCGACUCUGGCCCGGGAAGCUUUGGUUCGGGGAGCUCUUGGUCCGGUGGAGCAGGGAAGGAAGGGGCGUGGCAGAAGGAGGGUGGCCUGGGUGGGGUGGCGUCAGGAGCAGCCUUUGGUGCCACGUGUCAGAAUCCUAGUGGCUCAUGGGCGAGCUAUGACAUCCAGGUUUCGCUCCCCUCUAUUGAAGUCACCAACUCCCUGUUAGUGUCACUCUCGCCAUCUAUCAGCAGGCCUGGGCGACCGUUACAGUCACCCUCUGUGAGCACAGGAGGCGUGUGGGGCAAGGGAGCGAUGCACGGGUGGGGCGGUGAGGAGAGGUAUCGGGAGAUGGCCGAGGGAGAGCGAGGUGAUGAGGAGAGGGGAAAGAGUUGUGGAGGGAGGGAGAGCAGCGGAGUGGGGAGGUGGAACGAGGAGAGGGGGUUCCUUAGCAGGCGGGCUCCUCCUAGUGGCAGCAGCCAGGAGGUUGAUGAGGAGGAGGAGGAUGGAGAUGAGGAUUGGGACGGGGAUUGGAAUGGGGAUGCGCGUGGGGAUGGGGAUGGAGGUAUGGAUGAUUACGGGGAUGAAUUUCAAGAUGAUGAGUCACAGGAAAUGGAAACAGGCGGUGUGGGGAGAGUGCUGUCAGCAGCACGCAGGGCGGAGGGGAGGGGGAGAAUCAUCAUGAUGGCGCGCGGCAGGGGGCGGGGGGUGCGGAGGGGUGGGCGGGGCGGGCAGCAGGAGGUGGUGCCGGAGGUGGGUCGGAUGAUCCGGCCUCAGGCGCCCCUGCGGCUGAGCUAUGGCGUGAGCCCCGAGGCCCUGCGCACCGUGAAGCUGCGGCGCGUGCGAGAUUCGGAGGAGCGGUGGGAGGCCGAGAGAAGGGAGGAGGAGAGGAGGGAGGAGGAGAGGAGGGAGGAGGAGAGGAGGGAGGAGGAGAGGAGGGAGGAGGAGAGGAAGGAGGAGGAGAGGAAGAAAGAGCAUUUAGGUCCGGUCAAGCGAGAAGGUGGGAGGGGGCAUGGGGGAGAGGGGCUAAGGAAUGGAGACAGCACUCGGGAGGGGGUGCAGAGUAGUAUGCGCGAGUCCGCUGCCAGUAAUGCAUCAGUGUAUAACGUGUACAGAGGGGUGGGAGCGGAUCCUGGUGCUUCCGUGUCCACUGCCGGGCGAGCAGCUGAGUCGGACAGCCAAGGCGGCACUGGUGCGGGUGGAAGUGGGGGAGGUGGGCUGCCUGUGUGGGGGGGGCGGGCACGGAUGGUGACUGCUGGGGGACGGGAGGAGGGGGGGAGAGGGGGUGUGGGAGGGAGGGGGUUUGGUGGGGGCAGAGGGAGGGAGAGGUUAGGGGAGAAGCUGAAGGACAGUCCGUUCUUGAGAAAUAGCACCUGUGAGUCAGCCACAGAACAUGGGUUGGGUAGGUAG